ACACGUAUAACAGCGUACAUGAUGUGGGCGAAGGAAGCCCGCAACGAGCUGCUGCGAAAACACCCUGACAUGGACUUCUCUGCGAUCUCGAAACGCCUUGGAGAGAUGUGGUCUAAUGUAAACUACAAUGAAAGAUAUCUAUGGAAGCGUAAAGCUAAGCGGUUUGCGAUGCAAAAAGAACAGAGUAAUCAGGGGUCUUCCAACAAGAUAAUUUCUAAUCAGAUUCCCCGCCCGCUCCCCUCGGCUGGUCCAGGCCGCCCCCCGCGCGCCCCUCCCAAGACACCUUUGCCUGCAGCACCGGCUACGCAGGCGCUGGUCCCAGUAUCGUCUUCAUCAACUACAACCACCGGCACCGGCGUCUACCGUGUGUCUGGCUGCGGCGCCGUGGACGUGGCUGCACAUCUCAGGCUGCUUGGAGAGAGCCUGGCCAUCAUUGGAGAACGCCUUAAGGAACACGAGGGUCAAAUAGCAGUGUCAGGCUCAGUAUCGGUCUUGCUCGACACUCUUCUCUGUUCCCUGGCGCCGUUGGUUUGCGUGUGCGGUGCACUGCCCGCAAUCGCUCCGCCGCAACGCCUUCUGCAGGACACGCUUCACAACAUCGCUUAUAUCAUGCCGGGAUUGUAAUAUAAUGGACAGAGUGGCGGAUGGACCGAUUUAUAGACAUUUACCACACUAUUCGGACCAAAUUAGCGUAUAAGUGCGUCAGUUCUUGAAGAUACCGCCUGUGAAAUGAAAUGGAAUAGAACAGAACAGAAGUAUAUUAUUUCAGACAAUGAUCCCUAUGGAUGUCAUGUUAGUAAUACAGUAAUUUUUUCUUUCGUCCUGUGGUUAGCACAAUACAAAAUUUAAAGGGGCUCAAAUGUUAAAAGGAGGCACUGGACUUUGUUCCUUCCGUUCUGAAGAGUUUACCCAUAAAACCAACAAAUGUAAUUUUGGAAAAAUACCAUAAAUAAACCUUAGUAAACCUGAACCCGUGAACCACGGGAAGAAAUAAUUGCCCAUGGUCCAUCCAGGUGAACCAACCAGGUGGUCCACGGGCAAGAAGUGAAAAUACCGUAAACAAGUGGAUAAUUUUGUUUUAAGGAACUGAGUAUACCUAGUAUUGAGUCUUGUUUAAUUUAAAUUAAAUAUAAAAUUAUUUACCAAUAAACCUAAUGAUGGAAUUGCAUUAUCAUGUAAU